AUGAAUCCCACCUUCGGGUACCUCCUUUCCCUCUUAACUGUCAUAUACGGCACUGUCGCCGCAGUGACCUUUACCGUCCCCGAACGGGCUCGCACUGGCAGCUAUAAAUAUGCGCCUCUAGACCUCGCGCCAGUCGGCAUUUCCUUUGAAUUUUUCGCCUUUCCGUCCUACUUUACCAACGUCACUGCGACAAAUCAAUGUCUCGCCAACUGGAAGGAUCUUACCGGAGUCUGGCCGCCGAUACGCAUCGGAGGCACCACACAGGACCGGGCACAAUACGACGCCGGGACAUCGGCGUACGUCGUGUAUAGCGUGUCAAACCCGGCUGAUGCCCCCUCAAGCUUGACAUUCGGGUCGAGCUUUCUGACCCUAGCAGGUGGAUACGGCGGGAGCGUUGUCGUCGGGCUGAACAGGGGUAAGAACCAGAUCCAGAAUACGAUCGACGCAGCUAGGAUAGCUGCGUCAGAGGUGAAGAACCUCCUUGCUAUUGAACUAGGGAACGAACCUGAAUACUACUCGAGAAAUGGUCAGCCCAUUGCGUCUGGGGGCUGGUCUCCAGCGAUCGACGCCGCUUCACAGAACAAUUGGGCUAUAUCUGUUGGGUCGGCAGUUAACAAGAGGCCGAUUAUACAGGCUGGAAACUCCAACGAUUCUCCGCCGCAAUGGGGAGCCGAGGAACUGAUUGCAACCCAGAACGCGACAGUCAAGCAAUACAUCAAGACCUAUUCUCACCACAACUACCCCGGUGGCAGCAUAACAUCCCUCAUGAGCCACAAAGGUAUAUCAAGUAACCUACACGUCUUCGAUGCAGAUGUGGCGGCAGCUCUAAAGGAGAACAAACCGUACAUAUUCGGGGAGACCAACUCUGUAUCUGGCGGCGGGGCCGCAGGAGUGUCACCCACCUUCGGCGCGGCGCUGUGGACGAUGGAUUACGUUCUUCGCGCGACGUAUAGUAAUAUAUCGCGAACAUACUUCCAUCACGGAACCGUGGGUAAUUGCCAAUACUGUUUCUGGGGGAGAUACAGCAUGGGCGCCCCCUACUAUGGCGCAUACGCGGCGACUGCGCUGCUUGCAAAGGCGGCUUAUCUCACAGCACUCGACGAUGGCAGCACCAACUACGCGGCCUACGUCUCGUUUGGCGCCGAUGGCUCUCUCUUACGAGCACUUCUGUAUAAUUCAGAUUACUUUGACGGGAGCGGCAGCCGGUCUAGCCAGUCCUUUGAGCUUCGCGGGCUAACGGGGACCACGCUCAAGGCCAAGAGGUUAACGGCAGACAGUGCCACCUCCAGAGUCGAUAGAGGAGGGGUUGUGUCUUUUGGAGGCCAGACCUUCACUGACGGAAAUUGCAAAAUCUCUGGAACCGAAGAGACCGAGUCCCUCUCUAUAUCUGACGGCCGAACGACUGUCACUCUGAAGGCCAGUGAGGCCUUGCUAGUUUACUUUCGAUGA